UUCUAAUGAAUAGCCGCCAUAUCGAAAAAAUUUGCUCCCAUUCAAUGAAAUUUUGUUCGGAUAAAACUUUUUUCAGUUUUCAGAUAAAAUUGUGUUUAUUCAAUAGCAAAACUGGUGCAGAAUCUAACGAAUAUGAAGAAAAUUGCCGAACAGAAGCUGCAAGCUUUCACCGUUGGUACGAUGGGCAAGCGGCAGCUCAGUCGCAAGGAACUGGAAGAACAGAAAAAACGAGAGGAUGAAGCAGCAGCCGCACACGCGUUCAAAGAGUUUGUUGAAACCUUUCAAGAAGCUCCCUCCAAGAUUUCCAAAGUGUGGGUGAAAGCAGGAACGUACGAUGCCGGUUCAAGAAAGGAAGAUGUGCGAGAAAAGGGGAAACUUUACAAACCUUCAUCCAAGCUGGACUCGGAGUCGGAGAGGAGCAACGAUUACGUUAAGAUGUUGGCCAGUGAAAACCGAAAAGAUAUGUUGCUUGCCAAGAAAAAGGAGAAGGAGAAAAAGAAGAGUAAUCUGGAACUGUUCAAAGAGGAACUACGGCAGAUUCAAGAAGAGCGAGAGGAACGGCACAAGUAUAAGCACAUGGCCAAAACGAUGCUGCCGGUGUCGAUAGAACAAGAACCGGGGUACAAUAACGAGAAGGAAUCUGGUUCUUUCGACAAUGGAGAUCCGAAUACGACUAACUUAUAUCUGGGUAAUCUAAAUCCGAAGAUAUCGGAACAAGCGUUGAUGGAGUUGUUUGGUAAGUACGGUCCAUUGGCCAGCAUCAAGAUUAUGUGGCCCCGAUCGGAGGAGGAACGGGCGCGAUGUAGGAAUUGCGGGUUUGUUGCGUAUAUGAGUCGCCGUGACGCCGAACGGGCUCUUCGGUCAUUGAACGGGAAAGAUGUGAUGAACUAUGAGAUGAAGCUUGGUUGGGGAAAAUCGGUUCCGAUCAUGACUCAUCCCAUCUAUAUUCCACCGAAUUUGGUUGCCUACACUUUACCUCCUCCGUCCUCGGGACUUCCAUUCAAUGCUCAACCGCAUCCGACGGAUCUGAGUAACAUUCCGAAGAUGACUUCCAUGAUGUACAUGAACGAACCGGAGCAGAAGGAACAGAUGGACAAUGUGCUGUAUAAGGCAACGGUGAAGGUGGUCAUUCCAACCGAAAGGCCUCUUUUGAUGUUGAUUCACCGGAUGGUUGAAUUCGUUAUCCGCGAGGGACCAAUGUUCGAAGCGCUUAUAAUGACUCGCGAGAUGGAAAACUCAAUGUACAAGUUUCUGUUCGAAAAUGAAAGCCCAGCACAUAUCUACUACCGGUGGAAGUUGUUCUCACUGCUCCAGGGCGAUACGGCGGCGGAGUGGAGAACGAAAGAAUUUCGCAUGUUCAAGGGAGGCUCAAUUUGGAAACCUCCACCGAUCAAUUUCUACACUCAAGGCAUGCCAGAAGAGUUGCUGGUCGACGAAGAUGGAGCGGACGGAAACAAAGGAAAUCUGUCAGUGGCCCAACGGGAUCGUCUGGAAGACUUGAUUCGACAUCUUACUCCGGAGCGUCAAAAAAUCGGGGAUGCGAUGAUUUUCUGCAUCGAGCACGCAGAUGCGGCGGAAGAGAUUUGCGAUUGCAUUUCGGAGUCGCUAUCCAGUAAUAGCACGGUGGUGAAGAAAAAAAUUGCCCGAAUCUAUCUCAUUUCGGAUAUUCUUCACAACUGCAGUGUCAAGGUGCAAAACGCGAGCUUCUUCAGAAAGGCGCUAGAGAAAAAUCUUUUGGAGAUUUUCAAAAACCUUAACAGCUACUACAAGCAGCUGGAAAGUCGGCUCAAAGCGGAAGGUUUCAAGUCUCGUGUGAUGAACGUGUUCAAAGCGUGGGAAGAAUGGGCCGUUUAUCCGAAAGAAUUUCUCAUUAAACUACAGCACACUUUCCUGGGGAUCCAAAUUGUUGAAAAACAGGAAGAAGAGCCCGAGGAUGACAACGAAGAUGAAGAUCUUGACGGCGUACCGUUAGAUGGGGCAGCUUUACUGAAAAGUGCCAUGCUUAAAGGAAUGGCAGAAACGGAAUCACGAACACCGGUGCUGAAGCACGACAUUUACAGUGACGAGGAAGACAUCGAUGGAAUGCCCCUAGACGAGGAUAUCGAUGGCAUUCCUUUGGAUGGGAACGCGCCGUUAUCGGAGUUAGAUUUUGAAAACGGUACCGGCAAAACUAAAACGGGCGGUUCGUUUGUACCGUCCAAGUGGGAAACGGUCGAUGCGUCUCAGAUCGAAGCUCAAGCCAUCACCACCAGUAAGUGGGAAACGUUAGAUCCGGUGGCACCUGAACCUCCGAAGAUAUCACUGCGUGAUGGUGACAACGCAGACGGAGAACCAGGAAAUGCCAAAGGUGAUCAAGAUGAAGCGCGUCGGUUGCGGCUUCGGGAAAUCGAAGUAAAAAUUGUCCAAUACACGGACGAAUUCGAAUCGGGUGCACGUCAGGUGCGGGUAGGCUGGACGCUGGCUGAGGAAAUCGCUCACUAUCGUCGCAAGCUAAUCAAGAAAGCGGAAAAGGAAUUACGCCAGCAACAGCAACAGCUGCAGCAACUGGAGCUACAGAUGCAUCAGCAGGACUCCCAGAGUACAGAGGACACGGAUGAAGACACUGAUGAUUACGAUGAUAAAAAGACAUACUCGAAAAAAUCAUCCAAAAGAAGCCCAAGUCCCGAAGUUGGCAGGAAACAUAAGAAAAGCCGUCGGUCGUCUUCGUCGGAAUACGUAACCAAAUCCUCCCGAAGAUCACGUUCACCAGCAUACACUGCCAGCAGUACUCGCAGCAAACGAGAAUCGGCCUCCCCAGUGCGAAGUAGCAAAUCAGUCCGGCACCGUCCGACAUCGCGCAGUGUUUCCCGUUCGCCCACAAGACGACAUCACACCGAACGUUCCAUUUCGCCGGUAACCCGCAGCAAGUAUGAUCUAAUCGAAUCACCGGCUCGCAGUGCCAGCAAGUACGAUAAGUACGAAGGGUCAGCUUCGAAGUACGACAAAUAUGAAUCGUCUAAAUAUGAUUCGCGGUUGUACGAGGAACGAUCCAGUAGCAGCAAGUAUGAGAAGUACGACAAGUAUGAGAGCUCCGGCAAGCAUGAUCGGGAACGCGAACGAGACAAGGAUCGUGAACGAGAGAAGGAAAAGGUUCGCGAUAGAGAACGUGUGUAUGCCAGUAGUAGCAGCAGCAGCAAGUACGAGGUUGUCAGCUCAAAAUAUGACGAUAGCGAAAGUAGGCGCUACAGAUCACCUUCACCGUCGAGAUCAAACCGAGAAAGCUAUCGAUACUCAGGCAGUUCACGAUCAGAAAAGCACAAGAAACACAAGUAUUAGACUCAGACUGGUCAAUCUUGUGGUAUCGUUUUCCUAUCCGACAAGGGGAGCAUAUUAAGUGAUAUGCUCUAAUUCGAAAAAAAACAGAGACAGUCCCUAAAAAGCUGUACAUUGAAACAAUGUCGUAAGUUAGUAUAAUUUAAGUUUUUCAACUCAAGAUUGUAAAUGCAUUCUUUCUUUUGAGUUGGAAAAUUGGUGAAAACCGAUUAUAUUUAAACUCUGGGGAGUGCAAACCUCAAUUGUGACUUAAGAAUAAACUAAUGUAUGUAGAAGAAUGA